UGGGGAGGGGGGAGCCACCCUGCAGGACGGCUUCCAAAUGGCUGCAAAACCCAGCCUUGCGUGUUGUUUACCAGAGGCAGAGAAGCUGGAUUUCCAAUCCUAUUGCCGGAACAGCCCCCCAGCAGGCUCAGCUCCACCAAAAGAAACACCUGGACAGUGGGACUGUGGAAAGCAAAUGGAAGACAUAGAUGGUGGUGAGGGGAAUACCAGCAGCGGCCGAGGGAAAAAGAAGAAGUACCUAAGCCGUUUUAAGGAUGAGUGGUGCGAAUACGAUGCCUUCAAAGACUGGCUGCGCAAGGUGGACAACACCACCGCAAAAUGCAUUCUGUGCCGUCGAACAAUCUCAGUGCAAUAUGAGGGGAAAGGAUCUCUGAUAAACCAUGCAGCAGGCAGGAAGCAUAAGAAAGCAGAGGAAAAAUACCGGACAAUGCCCAAGAUCGCAUUGCUUUCUGACGUGCCACAAGACAAUGGGGUUACUGUGGCUGAACCAGGGCAGUUUUAUCAAGAUGAGCCUCAUCCGACUGACUUAAGCGAGAGCUGUGGAAACAAAACACUUCCCGAAACUGUAGAAGGUGUUUUGGUAGCAGAAUCCCAGGAAUUUUUGCUAAAGGGCUUAGACAUAGCACCCUUUUUUUCAGUCAGGUUGAACGCCUCCAACAAAGGAAACGAGAAAUUCUUUCCUGUGACCAUUUGUUACUUUUCUGCGACAGAGGGACUGAAACAUGGCCUGCUUGGGUUCUGUCAGGAAGAGAAAGAGGCAAGCGAUUCGAUAGCCUCACAGCUCUGUAGAGUUCUCCAGGAGAAUGGCCUCAGCUUGAACAGAAUGUCUUCUUACUUGGUAGACAGCUCCUCCACAGAUGAUGGAAAACACAGGUCCGUGUUUGAGAAACUCAAGGAGGUUAAUAGUGGACUAAUGGAGGUGGAAGACCUAUGUCACGUUGUCCACAAUUGCCUCAGAAAUGGGAUGAGGGCACUGAGUUUUGAUGUUGAAACACUUGUCCUCGAAAUAUGUGACAAGCUGUCAUGCUCGACCAAAAAGACCGAGUCCCUGAAGUCUAUUUCUGCGUUUGUGGGAACAAACUAUAAAGGCAUACUUCAGAAUUUACCAGCGCAGUGGCUAUCAAUUUUACCAGUUGUUGAACAAGUGGUGCAAAAUUGGUCAGCACUGAGAGACUAUUUCUUGUCAGAGGGGAAACAAGAGUGUGACCAGAUCAUGUGGGAAGCGUUCAGCAUGGGACAGGACGUGUCUCUCCCUCUUUGUUCCGCUUACUUCCUACAAAACCUGAUGGGAGUGUUUAGACGGGCUGCGGAUCAACUGGAAAGGGAUGACGUGAGCUGCACAGAAGUGCACGGUGUCCUUACAGGCCUCCGUUUGAAACUCCGUAAAAGGAGUGAGGACAGAUUCUAUGGAAGGUUCACUCAAGGCAUUCUGGGUAAAGUUUCACCGUCCGACAGCAGGAAAUUCAGAGAGGAGGCGGAUGAGACAUUGAAGUGGUGCCUCGCCUUCCUGGAGGAAUGGUACGACUUUGAGUCCUCCGUGUUCAAGCGUGUGGCUGUUCUAUCGCUGGACAACGAUGUGAAGUGGUGCGACCUCGAAACCCUCGUGGCGGCUCUCCCGAUUGAGCUGGACAUGGACAAGCUAUACGAGGACUAUUGCGUCUUGUCAGAAUGCCAAGAAAAGAUGGCCUUGCAGGAAGAGAAGGUCGAUCAGAGGUGGGUGAAGGUUUUCAGGGAGAUGCCAGAAAGCCGGAACAGCCAGAUUUUGAAACUGGUCUCCUUCGCCCUUUCCCUCCCUGUCUCCAGUGCCUACUACGACAGGGCCUUUAGCCUGAUGGUGCAACUUUGGAAGAAGGGGCAAAAGGGACUGAAAAAUGGCCUUGCAAAGGCAACGCUGCAGGUGCAACUGAAUCGCGACAUGUCACGUCUAGACUUCCUUCGGCUCCUCCUCAGAACCCAGAAAGAGCUUAGCAGGAAUUCCGUUUCAGCAAGACAGAAGCGGAGAACGAAGAGGUCGCGCAGGCAAGCCAUCGUCAAGGAGGAAGCGUCUUCGCAGGAAGAGGAUGAGAUCCUGUCCUUUACCUUCGGCCUGGAAGUGACUCCCGAGGACACAGCAUCGCAAAAUGGAGCUGCAACACUUGCUGAGGGUCUGGUGGCCUUUGAGGAGGUGGCUGUGUAUUUCACGGCGGACGAAUGGCCUCUCCUGGAUCCGGGCCAAAAGGCUCUGUACAGAGAAGUCAUGCUGGAGAAUUACGAGACCGUGACCUCUCUGCCUUCCUCUUUGUCUUUGGCUGAAGAAGGUAGAGCAGUUCCCAAACCUGACCUGAUUUCCUGGUUGGAAGAAGAAGAGAAGAAGUCUCUUGUCCAGCAUCCUGAAGAAGGGGAGAAAUUGGCAGGUUUCUCUGUUUCUGUGGGGGUCGGGACUGAGAGUGAAAGAGGAGAAGAACAGCUGAGAAUAAAAAGCGAAGCCUGUUAGACAUUCAUUUCUUCGGAUGGUUCCAACUUCCUCAAAAUUCUCAUGCCAAGGAAAGAGUCACAAAGGACGGAAUGAGUUCUUCUCCAUCAACAGAAGUCUUAACUAACGAAUCACCCUGACUGCACAUGAGACGAUAUGCAACAUGAACAAAUGCAUGGAGCCAGUGCGGUGUAGCAGUUGAGAAUUCUGAGCUCCGAUCUAGAGAACUGGGUUUGAUUCUCGACUCCGCCACCUGAAGCCUUGGGCCAGUCAAAACUCUCUCAGCCCCACCUGCCUCACAAGGUGCCAGUUGUGGGGAGAGGAAGGGAAGGAAAUUGGAAGCCGCUCUGAGACUCCUUAAGGGAGAGAUAAGUGGGGUGUAAAAACCAACUCUUCUUCUUUGGGUAUGGAGAAGGCUUCCAUCAUGUCGAAAGCAGGCCUGUAACCAAGAAUUUUUUUUGCCCGGGAUGGGCGGGGUCAACAUUCACAGGCUGCAUGGCCGCCGUCCCCUCUCUGGCUUGGUCUUCUGAGGACUUGGUGAGGGGAGGGGGUGGCAGCUGAGCAACCUCUUUGUUGCCGGUGGAGACAAAUCUUCCUACUACCUAGCAGGAAGAAGACUCAGUGGCUGGCAGAGAGGAGGCCACACAGCUGGUGGCCACCACCCUGGCCCCCUUGCCAGGUCUUCAGAAGAUCCAGCUAGGGAGGGGAGGUGGCCAUGGAGCCUGAGAACAACCGGCACCUGCUUGGAGAAGAGAGGGAGAUGCAGGCUGGCCUCGUUUCCAGCUGGGUGAGUCUUCUUCCUGCAUGCUAGCCUCUCUCUCUCUCUUCCCUUGCUGGCCAGCAGAGCAGAGAGGGGUUUUUUUAAACCUCCUCUGUGCUCAGUUGACCUGUGGGGGGAAGAAAGGCGAGGCAGGAAGAAGACUAAGCGUGGCCCCUUCUCUCCCCUCUCCCCCCAGCCUUCCAGCUGAGCAGGGGGGUGGGGGGAACGGUUUAAACUUUAAAUCCCCUCUUUGGAGUCGCAUCACAGCAGUGGAACAAUUCCAGAAGAGAGGGGAUGUUUAAGGUUUAAACCCUCUCUCUGAUCAGCUGGCAUGCAGGGGAAAGAGAGGAGAGGUGCAGGGGAGGAGCCAUGCGGUCAGCGCUGGUCACCCCAGGCUCCUUUGCCCUCCUGGGAGAGAGGAGGGGGAUCGACAGUCAGGGUAGGGACACCCCCAAUUUGAAAGGGGGCAUAAGGCCUAAUGCCCCAGCUCUGGUUCAAACUCUGGUCCAAAGUCUUAUUUACUGUACAAGAAUUCACACGAAGAAACAAUACCAAUGCUCAAGAGUGUGGAAAGAGCUUCAGGGAAAGAUAUAAACUUAGAAUCAAAUAACCCACACAGGUUUUUAAAGCAUAAAUCAAAGACUCUCUCCACAGGUGAGAACCCAUAUCAACACUCAGACUGUGGAAGGAGUUUCAGGACAAGCAUAGGCUUUGCUUCUCAUCAAAGUAUCUGCACAGCACACUGACCUGGAUAGUCUCAGAAGCUAAGCGGGGCUGACCCUGGCAAGUACUUGGAUGAGAGACGUCCAAGGAAUACCAGGACUGGGAUGCAGAGGCAGGCAUUGCAAGCCACCUCUCUGAAAAAGACAUCCAAGCCCCCAGUAAGGGUUGCCAAACCAUGACCUCAAGGUAUGCCCACAUAACAUACACACGCACACAAAAGAAAAACCCUUUUUUAAAAAAAAGAAUCAGCACAGGGAGAGAUCACAUAAAUGCUCAGAAUGUGGGAAGAGCAUCAGUCACAGCGCAGACCUCAAUCCAAGAACUCACGCAGGAGGGAAACCACAUAAAUGCCAGAAGUGCUGGAAAAAUCUUCCACCAGUUGACAGGAGUUAUUUCCCAUCUAAGAAUCCACAUGGGAGGGAGAACCCAUAUCGCUGUUCAGAUGCUGGGAAGAUAUUGUUGUCAGCCCAAGCCUUGUUAAGCAUCGAAGAAGAAGAAGAGUUGGAUUGAUACCCUACCCUUCACUUUGAGCCUCAGAGUGGCUUACAAUCCCCUUCCCUUCCUCUCCCCAGGGCAGACACCCUGUGAAGUAGGGGCUGAGAGAGCUCUUCGAGAACUGCUCUUGGGAGAACAGCUCUGAGAGGAUUGUGACUGACCCAAAGCCACCCAGCAGGCAGCAUGCGAAGGAGCAGGGAAUCAAACCCGGUUCUCCAGAUUAGAGUCGGCUGCUCUUAACCGCUACAGCAAACCGUGACAAAUCCACACACGAAAAAACUACAAGCGCUCUGAGUAUGGAUAGAACUUGUCGCUUCUCAAUCUUUUCCUGCCACUGAAAAAUCCAUGAUAAGGUUAAAAGUGGGGAGGGGAGAUGUUUAUCUAGUUUAAGCAAUAUUCAGCUUGCUUCUAAAGCAAAAAGAAUCUUUUUUUCCUCUUUAAGGGGGAAGAGCUGUAAUUUUAAAACGUGUUGGGAAACUUUGAUAAAAAAAGAUUUAAAAUA